AUGGACGAUACACAAAACGGGAGAGAAUACCGCCGAGGAGCAAAAAAUUCACCGAAUGUAAAGAAAAGAAAAGCAGCAAAAGUCGCAAGCAAUAAGUAUCUGCCAGAUUACGAAGAUAGCUUUGAAGAAUGGGAGCAACAAGACUCACGCAUGAUUCCAUUCAACAUCUUGGCAAAGUGUGCAGCAAAAGAGCUGAAGCAGCUGAAGCGAAAAAAGCCGGAAAAAGAGAACAGAGAGCAAGAUAGCAGCGAGCAUGCUUCAGAGGGAGAGAGCGAGAUAAUGGACAUCGACUUCCCUUGCAUAGUGACAGGAAACAAGAAAAUAUACAGAUGCACCUUCCACGGAUGCUCCAAGGAGUUUCCUUCUCUGAGCAGAAUGCGGAGACACUACAUCAUCCACACGGGAGCAAAGCCCUUCAAGUGCUUGAGUGCCAAGUGCAACAAGUCGUUUUCUAGAAGAGACAAUAUGAUACAGCAUUACAAGGGCCAUUGUAGCCAUGCAAAUACAAAAUAG